CAAAAGAGUGCGAAAGCAAAACAGUUCAUGGAAUUCAUGCAAAAUGAAGAGAAGAUGGAAGCUGUUGCAUUUUUGGCUGAUAUAACAUCUCAUCUCAAUGACCUAAAUCUCAAGCUACAGGGCAAGAACAACACAGUGUGUGAGCUGAUGUCAGCAGUGCGUGCUUUCCAGAGGAAACUGGAGGUUUUCAAAAGUGACCUACAGGAGGGACUGCUCCACUUCCCCACACUUUUGGAACAGACCAAAGGAGAAAAUCGUCCUCAGAAUCAUGUUGCAUUCCUGGAGAAGCUGAUUGAAAACUUCAAAAUUCGCUUUGAUGACUUCAGAUUAGGAAAACAAGUCCUACUGUUCAUUGAAAACCCAUUCCUGGUCAGAAAUGUCAGAGAAUUCUCUGCAGAAGCACAACAAAUCUUCCCAUGGGCCAGUGCUGCUUCUCUGCAAAGUGAGUUGAUUGACCUCCAGGAAAACCUUGCACUGAAAGAGGCUGACUGUGACACUCCCAACUUCUGGACAAAGAUGGUCACUGCAGCUAAUUUCCCUCUCCUGCAUAAGAUGGCACUUCACAUUCUCACAAUGUUUGGCUCAACCUACAGGUGUGAGUCUGCAUUCUCAACAAUGAACAUGGUGAAGAACAAGUACCGCAGCCGACUCACCAAUGAACACUUGCAUCAGUGUGUCCGCCUGGCCAUCACGCCUUUUGUGCCAAAGUUCAAAGUCUUGGCAACAGACCAAAGGUGCCACUUCUCUCAUUAAGCAACAG